UCUAUAUGUUUGCUUGUUUGGCUGUUGACUCCCUGGAACUUAUUUGAUGUGGUGUUGGCGGCUAGGGAUAGAGAGGAAAACACUGCGCCUGAAUAAAUUUCCGUUUCCAGACACAUGCACAACAGGUCUACACACCCCACCGCUCAUUCCCAUAUUUAUAGCCCAAGGACAACAUGCCGGACUCCGAAAACGAAGACCUAGUGCUAGGUUUCGGCGAGGACCUGGUACCUCCUGCCCCAAUCAAACCCGCCGGGGUCACAGAAGUCGAUUUCGACGGCCUAUUAUCGCCGCCACUGAAACUGCAUGAGGACUUGAAGAAUGGCUGUGGAGGGCAAUUAUGGCCGGCCGGUAUGGUACUGAGCAAAUAUAUGCUGUCUAAGAAGAGUGAAGACAUAGCAGACAAGACAGUAGUCGAAUUAGGGGCUGGAGGCGGCCUUGUAGGCCUGGCCCUCGCCCUCUCCACCUCCCUCAAGCAACCUCUCCACAUAACGGACCAACUCCCCAUGUACGACCUCAUGGUCCGCAACAUCGCCCUCAACUCCCUCUCCUCCACCGUCCAUGCCUCAAUCUAUGACUGGGGCACCCCGCCCCCGUCCAACAUCCCCAGUCACCCGGACAUCGUCCUCGCCGCCGACUGCGUUUACUUCGAGCCCGCGUUUCCUUUGCUUCAGCAGACGCUGAAAGAUCUGAUUGGCGAGAAGACGGUGUGUUAUUUUUGCUUCAAGAAGAGGAGACGGGCGGAUCUGCAGUUUAUGAAGACGGCGAGGAAGAUGUUCAGGGUGGAGGAGGUGGAGGAUGAUCCUGAAAGGGAGAUUUACUCAAGGGAGAAUAUCUUUCUCUACCGGAUAACGAAGAGGUGAGCAAGGAGACGCGCCGGGCUAAUAAGAAUUGCCAUUCGAAUGUUUUGGUAUCGAGUCAUGCUUGCAGGUCACGGGAUAUGAUUGACGACGAGCAUAAUGGGAGC